AUGGGACAUCUUACUCAAAAUCAUCUUUUUUUGCAUCAAAAUCUUUUUUUCUUCAAAUUUUAUCUACAAAUCUCCACAAAUUAUCCAAAAAUUAAAAAUUUUCAAUGAUGUUUUUUUGCAAAUUUAAUUCAAAGAGAAACAUUUUUUGUUAUAAUUUCCUUCAUAAAUAAACAUUUAUUUUCUUUACUAUGAAGCUUUUCCUUUAUGAAACUCCUCCAAAACACUCUGCUUAAUAUUAUGACCAUCAUAGAAAUGGCUAAAUACUCAAAUGGAUAA